AUGGCUCGCAACAGCGAAAAAGCGCAAUCUAUGCUGUUCCGCUUCCGGGCGCAACAAGCAGCGGACAUGGGAAUCAUUGACCUUGGCCGAACCCGUCGCCCCAAAGCCAUCACAAGCAUCGACUCUGUCCCAACCUGCGAGCGCUGGCGCGGCCAGGUUCUGAAAGAGGUUUCUCGCAAAGUCUCGCGCAUUCAAGAACAGAGUCUGAGCGACUUUCAGAUCCGCGAUCUGAACGAUGAGAUCAACAAGCUCAUGCGGGAGAAAUGGGCGUGGGAGAUGCAGAUUCGGAAUCUGGGUGGACCGAACUACAUGCGUGGAUCUGGUCGUGUGUAUGAUGAUGAAGGCCGUGAGAUCCCGGGUGGUGGGAAGGGAUAUCGAUACUUCGGUCGGGCGAGAGAGUUGCCUGGUGUUAAGGAGAUGUUUGAGGCAGCUUCGCGCCGGGCGAAGGGGCCUGCUGAGGAGGAGGAUUCGAAUGUUGGUCGCGGUGGAGACAUCGCUACCAGGAAGGUCGAUGCCAAUUACUUCGGCUACGGACUUGAUGAGGAGGAUGGCACAUUGCUUGCCUAUGAGAAGCAAAAGGAGAAGGAGGCUGUUGAGCAUCUGCGUGGCCAGGGCGAAGACGAUGCUGAAGAUGGCUGGGAGCCGUUACCUGGUGAUGCUGGUGACGGGGUCGAGUGGCGACUACCGACACUGGACGAAGUGCAAGAGGAGCUGGUCGAGCGUCGGCGUAGACGGCUCCUCGACAAGAUUUCCUAA